UAGAGGCGGGGGAUAGAAAAUGUGCAAGAUGAUACAUAUGUGCUUCACUUCCUCUGAGGAGAAGCCGAAGUCAGCAGAGGUUGUCUAGCAGGGAAGAGAGAUUUUUGAAAACAUGGUUUCAAUUAAAUCGCCGUCUCUGGUGCCGGUGUCCUGCGCACAGGCUCUGCUCGGUGUGGGCUGCUUGGCUGUCGCCCUCCUCGCUUUCCUGCUGGUUCGCCAGCUCGUCAAGCAGAGAAGACCCCCGGGCUUUCCUCCUGGUCCAUCUCCCAUCCCUGUGAUAGGGAACAUUCUGUCUCUAGCCACCGAGCCGCACGUCUUCCUCAAGAAGCAGAGUGAAAUUCAUGGACAGAUUUUCAGUCUUGACCUGGGAGGCAUCUUAACUGUGGUAUUAAAUGGAUAUGACUGUGUCAGGGAAUGCCUUUACCAUCAGAGCGAGGUGUUUGCUGAUCGCCCAUCACUGCCUUUAUUCAAGAAAAUGACCAAAAUGGGUGGGCUUCUCAAUUGUAAAUAUGGAAAAGGCUGGAUUGAACACCGCAAACUGGCGUGCAAUUCUUUCCGUUACUUCGGCAGUGGCCAGAGACAGUUUGAGAGGAAGAUCUCAGAGGAGUGCAUGUUCUUUGUUGAUGCCAUUGACGAACACAAGGGAAAGCCCUUCAACCCCAAACACCUAGUGACCAACGCCGUGUCCAACAUCACCAACCUGAUCAUUUUUGGACAACGUUUUACUUACGACGACCGCAACUUCCAGCACAUGAUUGAGAUAUUCAGUGAGAACGUGGAGCUAGCAGUGAGCGGCUGGGCCCUCCUCUACAAUGCCUUCCCUUGGAUUGAGUAUGUCCCCUUUGGAAAACACCAGAAGCUGUUUCGCAAUGCUGCUGAGGUGUAUGACUUCUUACUGCAGGUUAUAAAGGGGUUUUCACAGGGCAGGGUGCCACAUGUACCUCGCCACUAUGUUGAUGCCUAUUUGGAUGAGUUGGAACAGAAUGCAGGAGACCCCAGUUCUUCUUUUUCCUAUGAGAACCUCAUCUAUUCAGUGGGUGAGCUCAUUAUUGCUGGCACAGAGACCACGACCAACACCCUGCGCUGGGCCAUGCUGUACAUGGCCCUCUACCCCAACAUACAAGAGAGGGUCCACAGGGAGAUUGACAGCGUGUUGGCCAACGGGAAGGCACCCACCUUGGAGGACAAACAGAAGAUGCCCUUUGUGGAGGCUGUUCUGCACGAGGUCCUUCGCUUCUGCAACAUUGUCCCACUUGGUAUUUUCCGUGCCACCUCCCAGGAUGCAAAAGUCAAUGGGUACACAAUUCCCAAAGGCACCAUGGUCAUCACAAACCUCUACUCAGUGCACUUUGAUGAGAAGUACUGGAAUGAUCCAGGUGUUUUCUCACCACAGAGGUUUCUUGACAGCAAUGGCAACUUUUUGAGGCGUGACGCCUUCCUGCCAUUCUCCAUCGGGAGGCGUCAUUGCCUGGGCGAACAGCUGGCCAGGAUGGAGAUGUUCCUCUUUUUCACCACUUUGUUGCAGAGGUUUCAUCUCCAGUUCCCUCCAGGAACCGUUCCCACUGUCACUCCCAAACUGGGCAUGACCUUACAGCCUAAACCUUACUCCAUCUGUGCUGUCCGCAGGCAGCAGAAAAGUCCCUGCUCUGGAGACACUCCUUAUCACAAGUAGGCAAGCGGGCAUUUAUUACAGCUUGAUCAACUGCCUGAUUUUUACUAUUUUGCACAGCAAUGCAACCACAUGAUAGAGGUGCAUAAACCUCUAUCACUCUGGAUUGUAAUGUCUAGGUCCGCUGCAUUACACUUUUUCCAAAGGACUUUCAGUGACAAAAGUAACUCUUUACAUAUGGACAUGUAAUCCAGUUGAUUAAAUUACUAAUGAAUUCUUUUACUGAGCAAUAUGCAUGUUUGCACAACACUUUUAAGCAGCAGGGGAGGCGAAAGACUCAGUGCUCAAAGGACAUCCAGGGAACACAAGUGUGCUAUUGAUUUAGUUCUCUGUAGCUCAGAGUUGCUCUGAGCCCAGACACAAAUGCCUGUGAACCUUGGUGCGGUAGCGAUGGGUUAAGUAUCUGUCAAUGAUUCAUAGUAAGUACACCUAUGAUGGUUCAUAGCCCUGCCUUCUCAGGACAGCUUCAGGUCAGACAAAUGACACCACUAAUUCGUAUGUGUGGGGUGAAAUGGGACUUUCCAAGAAAGUUCUGAACACCAUGUAUCGGAGCUGGACACGGGCCAAGAUUUACGUCAUCUGGACUGACUCUGACCCCUUCUCUAGGGAUAGCGCUCUAAGGCAAAUGCAACCUUGGUGGAUUUCUAGAAACUGACUAUGCAACACUGGUUUCUGCUAAAUGGUGCUUAUCAGUACUAUCAAAGUACUACAUUUAUGUUUAAGGUUAACAUUUGUUUGUCCUUUUUUUGCAAUACAGGUGUUAUGAGGUUUUUUGUGUAUUCAUAAAGUCUUUCUUAAGAUA